UUGCAGCCCCCCCCCACCGUGCGGAUCGUGCACUCGGGCUUGGCGUGCAACAUCGAGGAGGAGCGCUACUCGGAGAGGGUCUACACCAUCCGUGAGGGUGAGACGCUGGAGCUGACCUGCCUGGUCACCGGCCAUCCUCGGCCACAGAUCAGGUGGACCAAAACAGCAGGAAGUGCCUCUGACAGAUUUCAAGAUUCAAGUGUCUUCAAUGAAACUCUGAGGAUAUCCAACAUUCAGCGGCACCAAGGAGGACGCUACUACUGCAAGGCUGAGAACGGCUUGGGUUCGCCAGCCAUAAAGUCUAUAAGAGUGGAUGUGUACUAUCUGGAUGAUCCAAUAGUAACAGUCCACCAGAGCAUCGGGGAAGCAAAAGAGCAGUUUUACUAUGAGAGAACGGUGUUUCUCAGGUGCGUCGCCAACUCCAACCCGCCUGUUCGGUACAGCUGGCGGCGCGGCCAAGAGGUGCUGCUGCAAGGGUCUGAUAAAGGAGUGGAGAUCUAUGAGCCCUUCUUUACCCAGGGAGAAACAAAGAUCCUGAAGCUGAAGAACCUCCGACCUCAGGACUACGCGAAUUACAGCUGCAUCGCCUCGGUGAGGAAUGUCUGCAGCAUCCCUGACAAGAUGGUGUCCUUCCGACUCUCUAAUAAAACAGCAUCUCCUUCAAUUAAGCUUCUUGUGGAUGACCCGAUAGUGGUGAACCCUGGAGAAGCGAUCACCUUAGUCUGUGUGACGACAGGAGGGGAGCCGGCCCCCAGCCUGACGUGGGUGAGGUCUGCCGGCAUCCUUCCCGAGAAGACAGUCCUGAAUGGUGGCACUUUAACGAUACCUGCCAUCACGUCAGAAGAUGCCGGCACGUACAGUUGCAUCGCCAACAACAAUGUUGGAAAUCCUGCUAAAAAGUCCACCAACAUCAUUGUAAGAGCCUUAAAAAAAGGACGCUUUUGGAUCACCCCUGACCCGUACCACAAAGAUGACAACAUCCAGAUUGGGCGAGAGGUGAAAAUCUCCUGUCAGGUGGAAGCCAUCCCUUCUGAAGAGCUUACAUUCAGCUGGUUUAAAAAUGGACGUCCCUUGCGAAGCUCUGAAAGGAUGGUCAUCACACAGACUGACCCCGAUGUUUCACCCGGCACCACAAACCUGGACAUCAUUGACUUGAAAUUCACUGACUUUGGGACAUAUACAUGUGUUGCAUCUCUGAAGGGAGGUGGCAUAUCGGAUAUCAGCAUUGAUGUCAACAUCUCCAGCAGUACGGUCCCUCCCAAUUUGACUGUCCCUCAAGAAAAGUCACCGCUGGUCACCCGGGAAGGGGACACGAUCGAGCUGCAGUGCCAGGUGACAGGGAAGCCCAAGCCCAUCAUUCUCUGGUCCCGAGCAGACAAGGAGGUCGCAAUGCCAGAUGGGGGAAUGCAGACAGAGAGCUACGAUGGGAUCCUGAGGAUAGUGAACGUGUCCAGGGAGAUGACGGGAACCUACAGGUGCCAGACCAGCCAGUACAAUGGGUUUAAUGUGAAACCCAGAGAAGCUUUGGUACAGCUCAUUGUACAGUACCCCCCAGCCGUGGAGCCCACCUUCCUGGAGAUUCGUCAAGGUCAAGGCCGGAGCAUCACCAUGAGCUGCCGGGUCCUGAGGGCAUAUCCCACCCGGGUCCUCACCUACGAGUGGCGCCUGGGCAGCAAGCUCCUGCGUACUGGCCAGUUCGACAUGCAGGACUCCACCGAGUACACCGUCAGCAGCCUCUCCCGCGACAGCUACGGCAUCUACAACUGCAACAUCAUCAACGAGGCGGGUGCUGGCCGGUGCAGCUUCCUCGUGACAGGCAAAGCCUACGCUCCCGAGUUCUACUACGACACCUACAACCCCCUGUGGCAGAACAGACCCCGCGUGUACUCCUACAGCCUCCAGUGGACCCAGAUGAACCCCGAUGCUGUGGACCGCAUCCUUGCCUAUCGCUUAGGGAUUAGGCAGGCUGGACAACAGCGUUGGUGGGAACAGGAAAUUACAGUGAAUGGAAAUAUUCAAAAGGGAGAAUUAAUUACCUACAACCUAACUGAGCUGAUCAAGCCAGAGGCAUAUGAAGUCCGUCUAACGCCCAUCACCAGAUUUGGGGAGGGGGACUCAACUAUUCGGGUCAUCAAGUAUAGUGCUCCAGUAAACCCACAUCUACGAGAGUUCCACUGUGGGUUUGAGGAUGGUAACAUUUGCCUUUUCACUCAAGAUGACACAGACAAUUUCGACUGGACAAAACAAAGCACUGCCACUAGAGACACAAAAUACACCCCGAACACGGGGCCGAACGCAGACCGCACUGGCUCCAAGGAAGGUUUCUACAUGUACAUCGAGACGUCACGCCCCAGGCUGGAAGGAGAAAAGGCCAGACUUGUUAGUCCUGUUUUCAGUGUUGCUCCCAAAAAUCCUUAUGGAGCUACGAACACAGCCUACUGUUUUAGCUUCUACUAUCACAUGUAUGGACAGCACAUAGGAAGCUUGAACGUGUACCUGCGUUUGAAAGGUCAGACUGCAAUAGAGAACCCGUUGUGGUCUUCAAGUGGAAAUAAAGGACAGCACUGGAACCAAGCCCGUGUUAAUAUAAACCCCCCAACUUCGUUUCAGCUCAUAUUUGAAGGGAUCCGGGGCCCCGGCAUCGAAGGUGAUAUUGCUAUUGAUGAUGUAUCAAUUGUGGAAGGAGAGUGUAUGAAAUCAGACCAACCAGCCAACAAUUUACGAUCAGGUGCUGUUGGGACAUUAGCGCAUAUACGACUUACCCCAGUUAUCAUCCUCAUGUGUGUCUUAAGUCAUCAGAGGUGACCUUAUCCUGGGAGAGGCUACAAAAGAUUCACCAGGCACUGGCAUGAAGAAAGAGUCUUUGUAAAAUGGACAUUUAAAAACAAACUACCAAAGAUUCCUCCACUGACUGACUCAAAAGUUAAAUAAAUACAUAAAUAAAUAAUAAUAAAAAAAAUUAAAAAGCACUGGGGACAUAAAAGGCAUCACGGGAGUGUAACUCACUAUGAACCACGCGUGAGAACGAUAUCUGGCCUAAGUAAGGAAGAGACCUUCAGGUGCUUUUGUGGUCAAUAAUGAAUACAGCAUCAUCUGGUUGAACUCUCGGAAAAGAGCUAUAGAAACCCUUGUCAAAGCACAAAGUCAUGGCUGGUUUUGUUUCAAAUGAAUAGUUUGCUUGUUACCAUGGAAACCUAAUGGCCUGCCAAAAAAAAAAAAAAAAAAAAAAAAGAAGGAGAGAGAGAGGAAAUAAAAACAAGAGAGAGAGAGAGAAACACCUCACUGUAAACAGGGUAUGUGAAGAGCUGGCAUUCAUUUUCCCUUCAAGAAGGUUUUUAGUAUAGAGUUAAAUAAAUGUAGGCCCUUUCUACUUUGGCUGUCACCUCCCCUAGAGAAUAACCCUAAAUCAGAGCUGUUUUAAGACAUUUAUGUUUCAUUUCUCAUGGCUAUGCUUGAUAACUGUAUGCUGUCUCCUUUUGCAUGCAUUACUAUCCAGGAUGUGCGACCUGGGCUUACAUAUUACACAGGCUUAUCGGAGUUUGCUUGCGGCCACUCGAACACCCCUCUCCCCUCCCCAACUAAGUCAUCUGUUCUAAUCAAGUGAAGAAACCAAACCACCGUCUUUUAUAAAUUGCCAUGGAAACCAAGUGCCUUCAAUGAAACAAGCCUGAUUUAAAAAAAAUAAAAAUAAAAAAAUAAAAUAAAAUAAUAAUAAUAAUUUCAACACAGAAGCUUGCACUGCUAAAAUGUGAUUUGUGCAAACUAUUUUCUAAACAAACUACGGAGCCUGGGUGUGCAGACUGCAGGCAAGGAGAUGAAGCCGCUUCUGGAGAUGGAUGGACCUAAGCUGCUGCGUAAGCCCUUCUGGAUGAGAUAUUUGUUGUUUAACCUUCCAGACAGCCAUGGCCUUUCAGCUUAUUAUCCAUUAGAAAAUAGCUUCCGUUGGUCCUGGAAAUGGGAGCAGCACUUUUUUGUUGUUGUCGGGGUUUUUUUUUUUCAGGUUAUCAAGUGGGUCAACCAGAGGAAAAGGUCGUUAAGAUACACUUAGCGCAGAAGGUGGUAAAACACAGAAGUGAUUUUCUUACUCUAACCUCCAUUCGCAAGGCAGUCGGCCCCGGCGUUAGCGGGACGGGGAGGCGUGCAUGGGGGAUGGCAGCGCGUACCGAGACACCAAGCAAACUGCAGAGCUCUGCAAACCUGGCGCCAGCAAAGCACCGAGGGUGCCGUGCCUCCGCCCUGGAGCCAGACUCUGUGCAGAUCGCGAAAGAUUAUUUUGUUAUUAUAGCAAAAUUAAAAAAAUAAAUAAAUCCACUUUUACAGCAACAAAAAAGAAAUAAAAAAGAAAAAGCAAGCUGUACAAAUGGUUUUGAGCUACCCGAACACGUACCGUUAACCAGCCAGUUUUCCACUGUAUUGUAAAGUUCCUUUACAGUUGGUUAUGACAAUUUGAAGACCUUUUUCCUUAAAUUAUCUCAGCUUUUAAUUCAUUUUACAAAAAAAUACUUUUGUCUAAAGAAUAGUAUUAUAAUUAUUAUUAUUAUUCUGCGUUCUCUCGACACCCUAGGAUUAAAAAACCAACCUGAUAUGCAAAUAAUUGGAGUACAAACAUGAAAACACACAAACAAACAAGUAUAAUAUUUGCAAAUACGAGUAUAAAAAGCACAACAAGAUGCAGUAAAACAAUGACAAGGCUUGAUUUUUUUUUUAUUCUGUAGAGAAAUGUUUGUGCAAAUUCAGUAAUUCAACUGAAGAGAUAAUUUUACAGCUAUGUUCAAUAAAGCCUCUUUCCAGGUAAGGUAUGCCAAGUGGUAUGUGUGUUUGUUGAGCAAUGUGCCCAUGCGCCCCAGAUGGGUGCGACUGGCAUGGCUUGGUUUUUCCUUGGACAAACUGGUGUUGUCUGAAGGUGUAAUGGUCCAUACUCGUGAUGCUCGGGGGCUGGAGCUUUCCAAGGACACUGUCGGCUCCAUAGUUUGUAGGCAGUUUGUGGUGUCUGUAAUUCCCUGUGCCACAGCGGGAAGGCUGCUGGGAAGAUGGUGGGAACUCUUGAGGCUAGAUGGACUGUGGGGUUUUUGAAACCCUUAAAAAAACCCAAAUUUCCCACUGGCAAGCACUGGAUUCUAAUUGUGGACAGAGGACAGGUCGGGUAUGGUGAGAUCCUGGUGCAGAGUUUUGCUUAGGAAGUCGGUGUGUCUCCUAAUUCAGGAUUUGUGGAAACCAAACCUUCACAUGUAUCCUCCUGCUGAUCUCUCGUGAAAACCACAGAACUGUGGGAUCGUCCAAGAGGCUACUCUGUGGACGCUUUUGGCGUGGCUGUCUUUGGAGGGCCUGGCUUUUCCCGAGGCUGCUAGGGUCCCUGACAGAAGUGGAUGCACAGGGUUUUUGCAGGAGACCUCCUGUUACAUUUCCUAUCCUGUCUCUGACCAUCAUGCGAUCUGGGCAGCUUCUUUUUGCUCAUUUUCUGGUUGGAGCAGCAGCUGCAGCAAUGCUCCUGGCUGGAGCUGGGCUGGAGCUGGGCUGGAGCCGCAGUGGGCGCUGCAGGAGGUCCCCCCUGCUCAGGGGGUGGGCACGCACGCUCUGGCUUUGCCACACAAAGCUGAUGACAAACCUUGUUCUGCUGUAUUUUAUGACACCUGAUUUCAUUGUCUUGAUCAGAUGAAAUGGGGAAUAUGGAAAAAAAAAAAAAAGAGUGGCAAUCUGUCGAUCAUUUUGAAGUGAAGCAUGAAGUAUUCCAUUUCCUUUAAAAUAUUUUCCCAUUUUUCCUUCAAAUUCAUCCCUUCCAAAAAUAGACUCGAAGUAAACUGACAUUUGGAUUCCCAUUGAUCAGCACAGGCCAGGAGAAGCAUCUUCGAAGCGCCGGGCAGAGCUCCAGCCACAGCGAUGACGGUGGCGGUGCGACAGGGGACUCCGCAGGAAGAGAGGAUUUGGAAAGCACCCUGCAAUGUCCUCUCCUGCUCAGGCAGCUGUGAUGAAGACAGCCUGAAGAUAAUGAAGUAGAGAUUGUGCUUGCUUGUUUAGAUCCCAAGCUAAGACUGCAAACUCAAAUCUGUAUUUCCUCUUUGUAUUUUGAUUUUUCUUUCCCUUGGUCAAGGACCACAUUGAGUAUUUGAUAAAGGUUUUCAAUUGACAGCCAAAGACCACAGAUGUCUUCUUUCAAGGCAGGAUAAUCUGUUUGUCCCGAAAAGCCCAGAUCUUUGUGUGAAAGGAAAUUUAUUCCCCUAUUUCACUUCUAUUCUGCUUUGCUGCAGAAGAAGGUGCUAAGAAAAGCUGGUUUUCUUUCAGUUGUUGAUUUAGAAGUAGUGUUAUCUUCCUUUACAUUCCCAAUAUAAGCUACCGAAAAGGCAAUGGGUUUUUACUUUGUCUGGGUCACAAAUAAUAAUUACAAACUGAGAUAUGUAUGUACUUCCUAGUCUUGAUUUUUUUUUCUUUUCCAUUUCAGUUGUGAAAAUUAAUGUAUUUGUAAAAUUUUUGGACUGGCAAUCAGUCAAAGGGAGUUUGAAAUGAUGGCUCUUCUAUGAAAUGUGCUAAAUCCUAUAAUUCAGUUCCUGGGUAUCCAAUCUAGUAAUGUUUCUGAUGUAUUUUUAAAUUGGACAUCAAAUACAUAAUUGUGCAAAUGUGGACUUUGCAGCAACUACAGCACUUGGCUGUUGGGAUUGGUGACCAUCAUUUCUGUGGGGAUGGCUGUGGGAGUUAGCUGGGUGGAGCCCAUGAUAAAAUUUCCAUUUUUUUUUUAAUUCUUUCUCAGGAUGAUCUGGAAGCAUAAGGACAUUAUUGGCAUAGUCCCCUUAUAUUGCCUCCCACAAAGCCAUGCAAGUUCAUUUCUUUCACAAAGCACGUAGUCUGAACGUGAAAUCCCACAUACGGUUAUGAAGCACUUUGAUCUCACUGUGCUACCAACCCAUCACUUCUGCAGCUGGCUCCAGCCAGGCUUGGAUCCUGGAUGAGACACAAGGGAAGAUAAAAGAGCAUAGACUAAAAGGGGGCAAACACAUUUCAAAUCGCACUACAAAUGCACAUUUAUGGUUUGAAGGCAGGAGCAGCUACCUGAGAGUCCAUCAAUGUGUUGAUGCCUCAUGUGAUGAAGGCAUGGACUAGUGGAGGAUAAGGUGUCUCCACUGAGCCCAUCUCAGAUCAGCCAGUUUUUGCAGACUAUUACAUAAGGGCAUGCUAUUGUCAGGCCCACAGAAAUCCUUGGAAAUGGGAAAUGUCUUCUUAAUUUGGGAGAGGAGGAGCUGGUUCACCCAAAGAAGAUGGAGAUGCAGCUGGCAGUCCCUGAACGGCUGCAAGCCCCAUGCCCAGGUACCGACCUCCACUGGUGCCAGAGCAGUUUCCUUCUUGACACCCAGCACUGGGCUAUCUGCUGCGUUCACCAGUGUGAAUUGCGUAAUUUAGUUGGAACAGCUUUGGGGGCAAUUGGGAUUCCCAAACUUUAAAACCAAAGUUGAUCAGUUAAAAUAUCAGCUUAUCGUUGAAGUUUGUUCUCUCUUUUACUGCCUUGUAAGGUUAGUGAAAUCCCUUUGUAGUGAGUAAUUUAGUCAGAAUGAUCAGAUUUUUUUCCACCCUUAGUGGAAGAGGCUCACAUGCUUUUAUUUUUGGAGGGUUUACUUGCUAGUAAUUUUUUUGUCAUGUAUCAAAGGGUAAGUGAAACUCUCUUUCUCCCCAAGAAGAACUGUGAUCCAUCAGAAGAAUGGCUUUAUAGAGCAGUUCAAUAAAAAAGAUACAGUUUGGUAUUAUAAGCACUCUCUGCCUAUAUAUGCUAAUAAAGAUAUUGGGUGCCAUCUGGA